AUAAGCCAGACAAAGAGGGAGAAAUUGCAAAAGAGAAAGAGCGAAGACUAUCGCCUUAAAUCUCGUAGAAUCCAUACGUUCAAGGAUAACAUCUGCAUCCCUCUAAAAGAAAGGGAUAAUCUGCAGACUGCAGCUAAUGCUCUAAAAAACAUAAUUAAUUGAAAAUAAAAUGUUUUAUAAUUUGACUCUGAUGUCUUGAGAAAUGUAUCACUGCAGCUGAAGACUUAGAAAUAGCAAAGACAAAACCAAAAGUGGGUGAAAAGAAACAAAAUUAGUUGGAUUAAAAGUUUGGAAAUUUCUAACUCUGUUUUACUAUAUGUGAACAGUAAUUGCAUGUCUUGUUAUUUGUUAGAGACCUGCAAAAAGGGGAAAUGGGAAGAAAGACUUCUGUGGUUUCUUCCCCUGUCUUCCUCAGCCAACUAUAUUGUUUUGUUUCAACCUCGUGAUUGCAUCUGACAAUAUUUUAUUGUCAGAGGUGUAAGAAGCCAAGAAUAUCAUUUUGAGCUUCCGAGUUUUUCUAUUUUCCCUUUCUUUCCUAGAGAGAUAAUGAGAGAAAUAGGGUUAGCAUUGUUGCUAACUAUUUUCUGGGCUAAUAGUGUUGUUUGCUCUUCCAGUCUUCUUUCACCUAAAGGUGUCAACUUUGAAGUUGCUGCUCUGAUGGGUAUGAAGAGAGAGAUGAGAGAUGAAAACCAUGUUCUUGAUGGAUGGGAUAUCAACUCUGUGGACCCUUGCACUUGGUACAUGGUUGGCUGCUCUGCAGAAAGCUUUGUCAUUUCUUUAGAAAUGCCUAGCAUGGGAUUAUCUGGAACACUUUCACCAAGUAUUGGGAACUUAACUCAUCUUCGCACAAUGUUAUUACAGAAUAAUCAGUUAUCAGGGAACAUUCCCUCCGAGAUUGGAAAGCUUUCCGAAUUACAAACUCUUGAUCUUUCUGGUAAUAAGUUCGAUGGUGGAAUUCCAGGCUCUCUGGGUCUUCUAGCUCGACUCAGCUACUUGAAACUUAGCAAAAACAAGUUAUCUGGACAAAUCCCUCGAGAUGUAGCCAACCUUACAGGUCUUUCUGUCUUGGACUUAUCGUUUAAUAACUUAAGCGGUCCUAUACCUAAGAUACUUGCUAAAGACUACAGUGUUGCAGGAAACGUCUUUCUAUGCUCUUCAAACUCACAAAUUUGUAUGGCUGCUCCGAAACCACUUAAUGAAACAACUUCGUAUCCAAACUUUAUCCGCCACCACCAACAUCAUCAUCAUCAUCAUCUAGUUGCAGCCGUCGUAGCUGGAGUCAGUUGCGCAUUUCUUGUUUCUAUCUUACUCCUCUUAUGUUGGGUGCACUUGUACAGGUCUCGCAUUCUCUACACAUCAUACGUGCAGCAAGACUACGAGUUCAAUAUUGGACAGUUGAAGCGUUUCUCACUGCGUGAGUUGCAAACAGCAACGAGCAACUUCAACCCUAAAAACGUACUCGGGCAAGGAGGAUUUGGAGUUGUAUACAGAGGCAUUCUUCCAAAUAAGACGGUGGUAGCAGUGAAAAGACUGAAAGACCCUAGCUUCACUGGGGAAGUGCAGUUUCAGACGGAAGUUGAGAUGAUAGGGUUGGCUCUGCAUCGAAACCUUCUCCGUUUAUAUGGCUUCUGCAUGACCACUGAGGAAAAACUACUCGUCUAUCCCUAUAUGCCUAAUGGCAGUGUUGCAGACCGUCUACGAGAUCCUGCGCAGGAGAAGCCGUCUCUCGAUUGGGGCAAGCGCAUGCACGUUGCUCUUGGAGCCUCUCGUGGCCUUCUAUACCUACACGAGCAAUGCAAUCCGAAAAUCAUCCACAGAGAUGUCAAAGCUGCAAACAUCUUGCUCGAUGAGAGUUUUGAAGCGGUUGUUGGAGAUUUCGGUCUAGCUAAGCUUUUAGAUCCUAGAGAUUCGCACGUGACCACUGCGGUCCGUGGCACUGUAGGGCAUAUCGCUCCAGAGUAUCUCUCGACCGGCCAAUCAUCGGACAAGACUGAUGUUUUCGGGUUUGGGAUACUGCUGCUCGAGCUGAUAACGGGGCAGAAAGCGUUGGAUGCUGCCAAUGCAUCCAACGGGCAGGUUCAGCGUGGAAUGAUCCUCGACUGGGUUAGAACUUUGUAUGCAGAGAAGAAACUCGAAGAGCUCAUAGACAAGAAUUUAAAGGGAUGUUUCGACUCAGACGAGCUGGAGAAGGCCGUGGAACUCGCCCUGCAGUGUACUCAGUCGCAUCCAGAUCUCAGGCCUAAAAUGUCGCAGGUCUUGAAGAUCUUGGAAGGGGUAAACGGGCAGUCGGAGCAGCCGGAGGCGCAGGGUGGCGUCGACCUUUGUCAAGGUCGAACGUUUAGCUUCUCGUUGAAUUUUAAUGAAACUUGCGAUGAAUCGUCGUUUGUUAUUGAGGCCAUUGAGCUUUCAGGCCCCAGAUAACGUUUGUUGUUAGGGAGAGUAUUGUGUGAGACUUGUCAAAAUAUAGAGUCAUUCUCAUAUUCGUUGGCAUAUUUGUAAUUAUAAAUAUCAACAAAAUGUCACUGAAAUAUGAGUUUAGAUGUAGAUCUUGACUGUCUCACAUUUUGCGUUGUUAUGGAGUAAUUCGUUUAGUAGGCUAUGUGACCCUUUGCCAGUCAUGCUGGAUUCAGACAGGUUUUGAAGCGUACUUGUAUUUUUCUUAAUUCCAAGACUGUUCAACUGUACACACCAGUUUUUGCAGCUUGCAAGUUGCAACAAUGUGUUUGAUUUUCUUCUACUCAAGAAAA